AUGGGUUUCCGGUUGCAUGGUAUUGUACAUUUUAAGAAAAAUCAAGCACCUUUAAAGGCUUUGGACGUUCCUAAAGGCUAUUUUGCAGUGUAUGUUGGGGACAACCAGAAUAAGCGGUUUGUGAAGCCGCUAUCAUACUUGAACCAACCUUUGUUCCAAGAUUUGUUAAGUCGAGCUGAAGAGGAAUUUGGAUAUGAUCAUCCAAUGGGUGCUAUGCUAUCACAAUUCCCUGCAGCAAAGAUUCCUUCCUUGAUGUCAUUUCUCGUUUUGGAAUUUCCCAAAAGGAGGUCUCCAUGCUUUAUGAGGGGGUAUCCAGGUUCCUAUCUGUUUCCUAAGGGAAGCAGGAUAGUCACACAGUUGCCCAUAAGGAGCGUCCUAAAGGAGACGCAUGGCGACGGUUGGAAGCCUCCUAUGGGAGACGUAACCCGCAAAGAAGCGUCCUCAGGGAGACGCAGGGUGCACCAGGAAUUUCCUAAGGGAGCAUCCUUCGGGAGACGCAUGACAACGACCAAAGCAUCCUACAGGAUGUGCAAAACAUGCCCAGAGUCCCUCAAGGGGGACACUGACACUUGUCAACUUCUUAAGGGAAAAACAUCCUACGGGAUAUGUAGAGUACGCCCUGAGUCCCUUAAGGGGGACCCUGGUACACAUGAAUCUCCAAAGGGAGAUGUGCAAUCAAAAUAG